AUGAGUAUGCGGGACAAUCAGAGAGUUAUUUACACGUCCCCUAUCAAGGCGCUGAGUAACCAGAAGUAUCGUGAUCUCGCUGAUGAGUUUGGCAGUGAUGUUGGUUUGAUGACAGGGGAUGUAACCAUCAACCCUAAUGCGAGUUGUAUGAUUAUGACCACUGAGAUUCUGAGGUCCAUGCUGUAUCGAGGAAGUGACGUUUGUCGGGAAGUGAAGUGGGUCAUAUUCGACGAGGUGCAUUACAUGAGGGAUAGGGAUAGAGGCGUUGUAUGGGAGGAGACCAUGAUCCUCUUACCUGAUACAGUACGUUUCGUCUUCCUCUCGGCUACUAUACCCAAUGCGAGGGAGUUCGCUGAGUGGAUUUGCCGUAUUAAGCACCAGCCCUGCCAUCUGAUCUACACUGACUACAGGCCGGUGCCGCUACAACACUACGUGUAUCCUUCUAUGGGGGAUGGAGUCUAUCUCACUGUCGAUGAGAAGGGCAAGUUCCGAGAGGAUAACUACGGGAAAGCCGUUGAGAUAUUAGAGAAGAAUACUGAACAGGCCUCUCAGAGCACCAAGGGUUUGAAGAGUAAUAAGAAGAAGCAACAACAGCAUACUAAGAACAGCGAUCUCCUCAAGGUCGUCAGGAUGUGCUCUGAUCGCGCCUAUCUACCGGUGAUAGUGUUCGCAUUCAGCAAGAAGGAGUGCGAGCAGAACGCCCUAGUCUUGCGAAAUAUCGAUCUCGUUACACAGGAUGAGAAAGCCCUUAUUGGGGAUGUCUUCGAGAAUGCUAUGGCGACCCUGAGUGA